ACUGCGCGUGCGCAUUCUCGUGGGCUGGCGACCGGGGCGUUUCUCCGUCGCCUCCUUUCUGUGCGGGCGUCGCCCCUCAGGACAAGCAGCGCUUUUGUCAUAAGCCGUAUUGGUAUACCGGGAAAGGAUAACUGGUCUUUUACCCGCACGGACACAUUUCGCAGCAGUACUCAUUGCAAUAGCAUCGCAUCUUCAGUAAGCCUUGCCUCCCAAGAAUCAUUUAAAUAGGGUAGUAAAAUGAAACAGGGAAUAGUUGAUGAUACGGAGGACGUAUCUUUGGAUUUUGGGGCAGAAGAAGAAGAAGAGUUGGCAUUAAGAAAAACAACAAUCAGACAUCCCAUUGCAUCAUUUUUUCAUCUGUUUUUUCGAAUAAGUGCUAUUAUUAUCUAUUUGUUUUGUGACUGGUUCAGCAAGAGUUUUGUUGCCUGCUUUGUUGUCAUCAUAAUUCUUCUUUCCUGUGACUUCUGGUCAGUCAAGAAUGUUACAGGGAGGCUAUUGGUGGGAUUGCGGUGGUGGAAUCAAAUCGAUGAAGAUGGGAGAAGUCACUGGGUCUUUGAAGCAAAAAAGAUCUCUCCCAAUAAGAACUCAUCAACAGAAGCAGAAGCUCGAAUAUUUUGGUUAGGUCUCAUCAUCUGCCCACUGAUUUGGACAGUAUUCUUCUUCAGUACACUUUUUUCUUUAAAAGUGAAAUGGAUGGCUUUGGUCAUCGCUGGAAUUUCCCUUCAGUGCGCAAAUCUAUAUGGCUACAUCCGCUGCAAAGUUGGGGGAAAGCAUGUCAUUAGCACUGCUGCAUCAUCUUUUCUUGGUCAGCAUUUUAUCCAGAGGCCCAACAUACUUUUCGGGGAGUUAUAAGAUAAAGGUAUGGAUGAGCAAGUCACUUGUUUUGCAUUAUUUGAAUGAUUAACAUCAGAAAAGAGAAAUGUAAACUUUUGUUUAAUAAUACCUCUCAUCAGCCAGUGAGAUUUUUAAAGCAGUGAAACAGAUACCUGACAAGUAGGUGUGUCAACAUUUUUAACAACAAUGAUGAACCUCACAAUGCAAUUAAUACAAGGAUUAAAGGGCGCAUACUAUUUUAGUUAUGGCAGAGUGCCCUGCUAGAAAGUCACGUGAUUUACAGGCAGAGAGAGCCCGUGUGCUGUUAGCUAUGGAAACAAUCCAAGUCCUGAAGUGCAAAUUGCAUCUCCAUUCACUGUAAAUGAGAUCAGUAGUCAUUUUCUUAUAAAGAGCUAUUCUAUCAUUUUACAAUGUUUGACUUAUUUUAUAAAUAUGUUUUGUUAUGUUCAAAAGACACUGCCUAUGACCAAGCAUGGCGUGUA